CUUGCGCGCAUGCGCUGGUGCGUGGCCUGCCGGGAGGCGGAAGCGGAAGCGCGAGUCUCCUCAGGAGCGAUGGCUGCCGGGGGUCUGAGCCGGUCCGAGCGCAAGGCAGCGGAGCGGGUCCGGAGGUUGCGAGAGGAGCAACAGAGAGAGCGCCUCCGCCAGGUGUCGCGCAUCCUGAGGAAGGAGGCGACCGAGCGCAGCGCCGAGGAGGGCAGGCUCCUGGCCGAGAGCGAGGACCUGGUGACCGAGCUGCAGGGCCGGAGCAGGCGGCGCGAGGGUCUGAAGCGGCGGCAGGAGGAGGUGUGCGACGACCCGGAGGAGCUGCAGAGGAAAGUCCGGGAGCUGGCCAGCGCCGUCCGCAAUGCCAAAUAUCUGGUCGUCUACACGGGCGCGGGGAUCAGCACGGCAGCCUCUAUCCCAGAUUACCGGGGCCCUAAUGGAGUGUGGACGCUGCUUCAGAAAGGAAGAAGUGUUAGUGCUGCUGACCUGAGUGAGGCUGAGCCAACCCUCACCCACAUGAGCAUCACCCGCUUACAUGAGCAGAAGCUGGUGCAGCAUGUGGUGUCUCAGAACUGCGACGGGCUCCACCUGCGAAGCGGGCUGCCUCGCUCAGCCAUGUCUGAGCUCCACGGGAACAUGUACAUUGAAGUCUGCACGGCCUGCACUCCCAAUAGGGAAUAUGUGCGGGUGUUUGAUGUGACGGAGCGCACUGCCCUGCACCGGCAUCAGACCGGCCGCACCUGCCACAAGUGUGGAGGCCAACUCAGGGACACCAUCGUGCACUUUGGGGAGAGGGGGACGCUGGGGCAGCCUCUGAAUUGGGAGGCAGCCACCCAGGCUGCUAGCAAAGCAGACACCAUCCUGUGUUUAGGCUCCAGCUUAAAGGUUCUAAAGAAGUAUCCACACCUCUGGUGUAUGACCAAGCCCCCCAGCCGGCGGCCCAAGCUCUACAUUGUGAACUUGCAGUGGACCCCAAAGGAUGACUGGGCUGCCCUGAAGCUGCACGGCAAGUGUGAUGACGUCAUGCAGCUCCUCAUGGAUGAACUGGGCCUGGAGAUCCCCCGCUACAGCAGGUGGCAGGACCCCAUCUUCUCCCUGGCGACUCCCCUGCGUGCUGGUGAAGAAGGCAGCCACAGUCGCAAGUCACUAUGCAGAAGCCGAGAGGAACCUGGGCCUGGGGACCGGGGUGCACCACUUAGCUCAUCCCCCAUCCUGGGUGGCUGGUUUGGCAGGGGCUGCACCAAACGCACAAAAAGGAAGAAAGUAACGUAACCUGGUGCUUGACCAAGGACAAUGAUGGCACUUUGAAAAUGGCCGGGACUCUUGUUCAGGGGCAGGUGGCACCAUUAAUGCCAGGACUGUCCCCUGAGAAUUGUCUGGGGGUGACAUUUUCACCCUGACAUGUUUAGCCAUUUGUCCUCAUGGGAAGCCCCCUUGCACUGCUGUGGUUGCCCCCUGCAUGGGCCUAAUGAUGGAAGAGGCUUUGCUCAAGCGGCCUCUUCCCAAAGAGGUGGCAGUCACACCCUCUGUGAGAACAGAACUCCGGUUAUUUCACACCUGGCCAGCUAAGAGGAAGCACAAAGCUGCCUUACCUCAUUCACCAGGCCAGUCUCAGGGGCAUCAACCCAAUUUCUACUACUUCUUACUGAAAACGUUAAGUUUAUAGAAGCCUUUUUCUGUGUUGAGUAUGCUGCAAAGGGGUGAUUUUUGAGCCUUGGCUCAGCAGGCCUUUUUAUUGUUAUUAAACGUCUCUGCACUGUC